UGCCCAUUCCGCCCGUCGCCUUCCUGCUCCGGAUCUUCUGCUCCCGGCCUCCUCUCGUUACCCUCCCUCCUGCUCCCGCCUUCUCAUUCCAAGCUCAGUGUUCCCUCCUCCGCCGCCGCCGCCGCCACUCUGCGGGUGCUGGAAGUGCAGAUCUGUCCGGGCUUGGGCUGGCUUCCUCUUGCGUUGGUAAGGUUGCGUGUUGCUUAUAGAUGACUCGAGCAUCGACUGUUGAUUUUGGACGAAAGAAGCAUAGUCAGGUCCUCUGGUCAGGGCCACUGCGUCCAGCAAACAUUAUCAGAAAUAAAUUCCCUACAUUCAAGAAUGGUUCUAAUGGGAUUGUUAUCAAAUUGGCGGAUGGCCCAGAAAUGCCAUCUCCCAAAGAGGCUGUUGCCAAGGAGAUAGCAGAUCCGCUUGAUAGGCGUCAGCGCCUUUCAGUCCGUGAGCUCGCCAUGAAAUUCGAGAAGGGUUUUAACACAGCCACCAUGUUGUCUAAUGAGGUUAAAUGGAAACAUGCGGCUUUAUUGGAGCGAGGCACCCUUCUGAAGAAUCUAAUAAGUGUUUUGGAGUCGUUGAGAGGUCGAGUAGCGGGCAAAAAUAAGGAUGAAAUUGAGGAGUCUCUGUCUAUGGUGGAUAUUUUAGCAGUUCAGCUGUCCAAAAGAGAAGAUGAGUUGAUUCAGCAAAAAACAGAGGUCACAGAAAUAGCAGCCUCACUGAAACUGGCUUCUGAAGAUGCCAAGAAACUUGUCAACGAAGAAAGAGCUAAUGCUCGCUUUGAGAUAGAUAGUGCUAGAGCUGCUGUACAAAGAGUUCAACUAGUACUUAAAGAGUAUGAAGAUAUUUCUCAAAGAACUGGGAAGCAGGAUGUGAAUGAACUGAAGGAUGAAGUUCAAGAAGCACGAAGAGUGAAAAUGCUGCAUUGCCCAAGCAAGGCAAUGGACAUCGAAAACGAGAUCCAGGUUCUACGUGAUCAACUUGCUGAGAAGUCCUCAAGUUCUGUUCACCUUUUGAAAGAGUUAUUGUUAUAUUAUCAGUUGGAGCUGCAUCGAAGAUUUGAGGAAAAUGAUACGCCCUUAUAUGAGUUAGAGGGUCUUGAAAGCUUAGGCUCAAUGUUGCGCAUAGUUGUUCAGAACAAUGCAUCUGUGGAUUUUUCAUAUAGUGCAAUCCAGUGGUUCCGCAUACAACCAAAAGGAAGCAAGAAAGAAAUAAUUUCAGGUGCCAUAAAGCCAGUAUAUGCUCCAGAACCACAUGACGUUGGGCGAUACAUCCAAGCUGAGAUCAAAUUUGGUAGUCAAAUCUCAAUCGCAAAGACUGCUGGUCCUGUAGACCCUGCUGCAGGAUUGGCAGAUUAUGUAGAGGCUCUUGUAAGGAAUCCUGAAACUGAGUAUAAUGUCGUUGUUCUUCAAGUGAAUGGAAUUGCUCAGCCUUCGGAUGCUCUCCAUGUUCUUUGCAUUGGGAGGUUGCGGAUGAGACUUGCUAAAGGAAAGACAGUAGUCGCAAAGGAGCUAUAUUCCUCAUCGAUGCAGUUGUGCGGUGUUAGAGGUGGCGGAGAUGCCGCCCCGCAAGCGAUCUUUUGGCAACCCAGAAAGGACCUCAGCUUUGUGCUGGCCUUUGAAACAACCAGAGAACGUAACUCAGCAAUCAUGCUCGCCCGGAGAUUUGCUAUCGACUGCAACAUUAUCCUUGCUGGCCCAGGGGACAGAACUUCGUGGUGACAAGCGGCGCCUGCGCGAACUCUCUGUCAGUUUCCGGGAUGAACAUCUCUUUGCACAUCAGUAGUUAGACGUCUCAUCUGAUCGGAGUAGUAUAGUCACUAGUCAGUGCCCAGCAUUUGCAUCGAUUCAUUUUAGUUUAUAUAGUUAGAUGCCUUAUCUGAUCUGAGUAUUAUAGCCAUGUGGUCCUGUUCCUGAACUGCUACUCUGAUGCCACCCAGAUGAAUCUGAAUAUCUCAGUAGCGAAGAUGUGGCACGGUUGGGAACACUCUUGCCGGGCUCGACAGACCUGGUUCGGACGUAUGGCGUACCU